UAAUGAAAGAUGAAAAACUAAAGUAUCUCUUGGAAUAUAAACAUUCUUAUGCUGAUUCCGCUGCAUUUAGACGCAAAGUCGGAUAAAAGGCCACAAUCCCAAAUUUCUUGACUUCCAAACCUAGUAUGGAUACGGUGCACUAAUUUCUGGAUAAACACGACACCAAGAAAAUGACAUCACUUCAUCUCUAGCUGCUUCCUUCCCUCUUCACUACAUAAUACUAUUGCUCUCUUCAUCUUCCAGCCAAAAAAAGCAACUUUUGAGAUAUGGAUUUCAAGUCAAUGUCUCUUGGGUUUGUGACGCUAUUGUGUUUGGUGUGGCCAAUUGUGAGCCAGUCAUCGAUGCCGGCGGUGCCGGAUGGGUUCUGGUACGGCGAGGCGGCGGCGGAGGAGAAAGUGUUGAUAGAGGCGUUUUUCGACCCCGUUUGCCCGGAUAGCCGCGAUUCAUGGCCGCCGCUCAAGCAAGUCGUCGACGAGUUUGCCUCUCGCGUUAGGCUCGUCGUGCACACCUUCCCUUUGCCUUACCAUGAUAAUGCAUUUGCCACUUCUCGGGCGCUGCAUAUAACUAAUAAGUUGAACACUUCAGCAACAUACCAUGUUUUGGAGGCGUUUUUCCACCAUCAGGAACUAUUUUAUGGGAAGGCAACAUUUAACAAGUCUAAAGCAGUUGUCACGGACCACAUAGUGGACUUCACGGCAAAGGCACUUGGAUCGUCGUAUCAUUCUGCAAUCAAAUCCGGCUUCAACGACACCAACACGGAUCAUGCUACAAGAUAUGCUUUCAAGUAUGGUUGCUUACGAGGCGUUUAUGGGACGCCCUUCUUCUUUGUGAAUGGGUUUCCGUUGGCUGACGCAGGAUCGGCUAUCAACUAUAAAGGAUGGAGAAAACUGUUAGAUCCUUUAGUUAGCAAACAGGGUAGAUACUUGCAGCAGCAGCUCCUACAUUCCUUGUAACUCUAUGCUUUCUGAGAUGUUGCUUCUUUUGCUCAUCUAAUAAUCUAUGCCUCUACAAAUAUAAAGAGGCUGCUUUCCAUUA